GGCUUCCGGUUGGCAAGAUGGUGGCGCGCGGGAGGAAGCGUGUGGCGCAGGACUCUGAGAAGGGGAUUCUGAGCCCGCCGGGCUACUCAGCCAUUCCCAUCAAAUUCUCUGAAAAGCAGCAGUCUUCUCAUUACCUCUAUGUGAGAGAGCACAAAGUUCGAGAAGGCACCAAGUCUUCCUGGCCUCAGAAACGGACCCUUUUUGUCCUCAAUGUGCCCCCAUACUGCACAGAGGAGUGCCUGUCCCGCCUCCUGUCCCCCUGCGGCCCUGUCCAGUCGGUGGAGUUACAGGAGAAGCCGGAUCUUGCUGAGAGCGCAAAGGAGCCAAAGUCAAAGUUCUUUCACCGCAAGCCAGUUCCUGGGUUCCAGGUGGCCUACGUGGUGUUCCAGAAGCCACGUGGGGUGGCAGCUGCCUUGGCCCUGAAGGGCCCUCUGCUGGUCUCGACAGAGAGUCACCCUGUGAAGAGCGGCGUUUGCAAGUGGAUCAGAGACUACGCAGACUCGGUGCCGGACCCAGAGGCCCUGAGGGUCGAGGUGGACACGUUCAUGGAGACGUACGACCAGAAGAUGGCUGAGGAGGAGGCCAAGGCCAAGGAGGAGGAAGGGGUCCCUGACGAGGAGGGCUGGGUGAAGGUGACCCGCCGCGGCCGGCGGCCGGUGCUCCCGAGGACGGAGGCAGCCAGCCUGCGGGUGCUGGAGAGGGAGAAGCGGAAGCGUGCACGCAAGGAGCUGCUCAACUUCUACGCCUGGCAGCACCGCGAGACCAAGAUGGAGCAUCUCGCGCAGCUGCGCAAGAAGUUCCAGGAGGACAAGCAGAGGAUCGAGCUGAUGCGGGCCCAGCGCAAGUUCCGACCCUACUGAGCCUCUCCCGCCCGUGGGCCCCGUGGAGAGGGGUGGUGACUGGGUGGCAGUGCGUGGCCAGCGAGGACACAGGGCCUGCAACACUCAUCCCAGAGGCCGUGCCCAGGCUGAGGAGCCACGCGUCAGCCCCGGAGAUCUGAGCCCACGUGAUGUGGGGUGCAGGACAGUGCCACCCCUUGGUUCCUGUGCUUCGGCAGUCCUGGGGCCCGGCGCAAGGACUUGGACUCCGGAAGCCACUGGCCCAGGAAGUGGCUCCUUCCCUGUCCUGGGCUCUGUCCCCAGCCUGUCUCUGGACUCGACUCUCAGGGCUAAGCGUCUGCUGUGUUCUCCCCUUCCUCCUAACGAAGCAGCCCCCGUGGGCGGUGAGACAGCCUCAGAAGCAGAGAGAAUACAAGAACAUUUUAUUUUUCAUCUAGCUGGGCGGCAAGAGAAGGCUACAAAAGGUCGGUGGGCCUAUCCCAGCCCCUCUCUAUGCCUGCUGCCCAGUCUGUGUGACUCCCACACCCAGACGCUGUCUCCCCCUUGAAGUCACAGAUGUCAGAGUCAGAAUCUUGUAUCCCGCCCCCCCCCCCCCCCCGCCCUCCCACA